AGCAGAAGAAUGGCAGGGAGGUAGCAACCAUUGAGGGAGAAGUAUAUUUCCUCUGCUUUGCAAAUAAUAUGGCUAGUAUUUUGCUUUUGCGAGCUGUGUGCACGCAUAGAUUAAGACUGGGGUCCCAGUUUAAGAUGCAAUAUCGGUUAGGUGACUCGGGGCUGUUGGGAAUCUGCGAUUCAGUCUCAGUGAGGGCCGGGGCAGUCAGUUAUUUGAAACAACAGCUGGAUUCACUUUACUGUUUUAGAUCAGUUUCCAGUCGGUACAUUUUUACCGAGACCAGACUGAGAAGAAAUAAUGAAGUUCCAGAGAGGAAGCAAAACAACAAAGUGUCCUUAAGAAGGAGUCCGCCGCCCGCGUCAACAGCUCAGAAAGUGAAAGAAGCUGGAAAAGACCUCACUUAUCUCCUAGUAGUGUUGGUUGGGAUUGGCAUAACAGGAGGACUGUUCUAUGUAAUAUUUAAAGAGCUGUUUUCCUCCUCAAGUCCAAGUAAAAUAUAUGGAGACGCUUUGAAGAAGUGUAGAGCCCAUCCAGAGAUAAUUGGGGUGUUGGGAGAACCUAUAAAAGGUUAUGGAGAGACAACUCGGAGGGGUAGAAGACGUCAUGUCAGCCACAUAGAAUAUAUGAAGGAUGGUGUGAAGCAUAUGCAACUUAAAUUUUACAUUGAAGGCUCUGAGCCCAUAAAAGGAACAGUGCACUUGGAUGCAAAAGAGAACCCUGAAAGUGGAAAGUAUGACUUUCGUUAUAUAUUUGUGGAUUUUGACACCUAUCCUAAAAGAACCAUUAUUGUUGAAGACAACCGUUGAAAGGCGCAAGUGUGUACUUUGCAAUACACUAGGAGAAAGCCAGAGAUUUUUUUCAUGCUUUUGUAGAUUAAAUAAAUCAUGUGAAUAAGAAAUGAUUUGGAUAAUUAAUCAUUUUUUUUCAGAUACUGUCAAUGCAAUUUAUUUGUGAGGAGGUCAGAUUCAGGGUCUGAAAUACAGUUCCUGCAAAUGUUUGGCUCUUUAUACUGUUGAUUAAUGUGCUCUUUCUGUUUUAAAUCAUGAAGUUUAGAUUAUGCUCUGAAAAGUUUUACAGAUUAUCACAAGUGUAAAGACCAAUUGCUGGCCUUUUUGAACAAAGCAAAUUCAAUCAUGAGUGCAAAAUGGAGAAACUUUAGAAAUAAAGCACAU